CCUCAGGUUCUUCUAUAAUAUUUCAAUAAUAUCUCAAUUAAACUUACGCACUUUUUCACAAUCAUGGCUGAUGAAUUAAAUUUUCGCAUAUGAUUGUGAAUGUUUACUAGUCAUAGUAAGAAGAAGCAUACUGUCAAAUUCUGUUUUGUUUACAUCUAAUGCGGCAUUUUAGAAACAACUAAAAACAGCACUAUUUUGAUAUAAUUAGCUACAUCCGAAUUUUUUGUGAAAAAGUGACACAAAUAGGCAAAAAAAUGGGACAAUCCAAUAUGUCUUUAGAGGAUUUGAAAGCGUACUUCAAGACACAUGGAAAAAUUCGGGAGCAAAAGGCGCACACAUCGAAGGUACAUUCUGUAGGCUGGAGUUGUGAUGGCAGACGUUUGGCUUCUGGUUCCUUUGACAAAACAGUAGCAGUAUAUACGCUUGAACGCGAUCGUGUGAGUAAAGAGAAUACCUACCGUGGUCAUACCGGUUCUGUGGAUCAGCUUUGCUGGCAUGCAACAAAUGCAGAUUUGCUCAGCACGGCCAGUGGUGAUAAAACUGUGCGUAUUUGGGACAUACGCGCUGGCAAAUGCUCCACCGUCACGAAUACAAAAGGUGAAAAUAUAAAUAUCACAUGGUCACCUGAUGGCAAAACUAUAGCAGUUGGUAAUAAAGAAGACCUGGUGACAUUCAUUGAUACGCGCACAAAUAAAAUACGCGCUGAGGAACAGUUUAACUUUGAGGUGAAUGAAAUUGCAUGGAAUAAUACAAGUGAUUUGUUUUUCUUGACAAACGGUAUGGGUUGUGUGCACAUCUUAAGCUAUCCGAGUCUAGAAUUGCAGCACGUGCUGAAGGCACAUCCUGCUACUUGCAUUUGCAUUGAAUUUGAUCCCACUGGUAAAUACUUCGCUACCGGUUCAGCAGAUGCGCUCGUUUCACUUUGGGAUGCAAACGAAUUAGCCUGUUUGCGCGUGCUAUCACGCCUAGAUUGGCCGGUACGCACGAUUUCCUUUAGUCACGACGGUAAACUAUUGGCAUCGGCUAGCGAGGAUUUGCUCAUCGAUAUAGCGCAUACGGAGACAGGCGAGAAAGUGGCUGAUGUCACAGUCGAUGCAGCAACUUUCACUGUAGCAUGGCAUCCCAAGCAAUAUUUACUCGCAUAUGCGUGCGAUGAUAAAGACGGUAACGACCGAAGGCGUGAAGCGGGUAACCUCAAAGUUUUUGGGUUUUCGGAGUAAUUGAAGUUAUGAAAAUGCAAUGGAAUAAAUACUAAUUUGUGAAUUAGCAAAUAAAUACAGUUUACAGUUACAAAUUAAA